GUCGGCGCACUGGCAAGGCAGCAGCAGUGCAGCAGGCGAGGGACGGAAAGGCAGGGAGAGGGGGGAAGGUGGAGGAGAAGAGUGAGGAGGACCUAGUCACAAGGAAGCAGCAGCUGCUGGAGCAAGCCGUUCAGGAGCUGCGAGCCAAGUUUGGGCGGGAGGCAGUGAUGGUUCUGGGCGGCACUGAG